AUGUCCAAUAUAUCUUUGGAUAAGGAAACGUUUUAUAGGCGUAUGAAAAGGCUAUAUGCGGCGUGGAAGGCUGCUGCUGCUGAUUCUAAGAGUGAUGAUGUAUUGGCCAAAUGUGAUUGCUUGGUGUCUUGCGUUGGCGUGGAUGAAGAUACUCUAUACAGCAAGUCAACCGCAUUACAGACAUGGCUCUUUGGAUAUGAACUUCCAGACACAAUAACAGUUCUGACUGAACAAAGCAUGUGCUUUCUGGCAAGUAAAAAGAAGAUUGAAUUCCUCCGUCAAAUCGAAAAUGGUAAAGAAGAAACAGAUCUACCUCCAGUAAAACUUUUAAUAAGAGACAGAAAUGACCAUGAUAAAGAAAACUUUAAUAAACUUAUACAAGAAAUAAAGAAAUCUAAGUCCGGCAAGACUCUUGGUGUGUUUGCCAAAGACAAUUAUCCGGGCGAGUUCUGUGAGAGUUGGAAAUCUGCUAUGAAGGCAGAAAAGUUUGAGAAUGUUGAUAUAAGUUCAUCUGUAGCUACAUUCAUGGCACCUAAAGAAGAUUCAGAAAUAAUCACUAUCAAAAAAGCCUGUUUGGUCACAGUUGAUGUUUUCACUAAGUACUUAAAAGAUCAAAUUAUGGAAAUUAUCGAUUCAGACAAGAAAGUAAAACAUUCGAAACUAGCGGAAGGUGUUGAAGCUGCUAUAUCAGAUAAAAAAUAUGUUACCGGUGUAGACACAAGCCAAGUUGAUAUGUGCUAUCCACCGAUCAUACAGUCUGGAGGGAAUUACAGUCUGAAAUUCAGUGCUGUAUCAGACAAGAAUCACUUACAUUUCGGUGCGAUUGUAUGUUCGUUGGGAGCGAGAUACAAGUCAUACUGUUCAAAUAUUGUCCGUACAUUACUUGUCAAUCCGACGGAUAAUGUCCAAAGCAAUUAUAAUUUUCUUUUGAAUCUGGAAGAGGAGGUUAUGAAGCAUCUUGUGUCUGGUGCCAAGCUCUCAUCUGUUUAUGAAGCUGGUUUGGCGUUGGCAAAGAAGGAAAAACCUGAAUUAGUAGAUAACCUCACUAAGACAUUUGGGUUUGCAAUGGGAAUAGAAUUUCGUGAAAGUGCCAUAGUCAUCGGACCAAAAACCUCAGUUGUUGCUAAGAAAGGCAUGGUUUUUAACAUUAAUAUUGGUUUGGCAAAUUUAACCAAUCCUGCAGCAACGGAUAAAGAAGGAAAGACUUACGCCCUAUUCAUUGGCGAUACUGUGCUCGUGAAUGAGGAACAGCCAGCAUCACUGCUAACACAAUCAAAGAAGAAGAUUAAAAACAUAGGAAUAUUCCUAAAAGAUGACGACGAAGAAGAAGAGGAGGAAAAAGAGAAUAAAACUGAAAUAUUGGAAAACGGAGGUCGCGGUAAAAGGACGGCCGUGAUUGAGUCGAAGCUUCGUACUGAACAUUCUUCAGAGGACAAACGUAAGGAGCAUCAAAGGGAAUUGGCGAUAGCUCUUAAUGAGAAAGCUAAGGAGAGACUUGCGAAACAGUCGAGUGGAAAAGAGGGUGAAAAGAUAAGGAAAAGUACAGUCUCGUACAAGAGUGUCAGUCAGAUGCCCAGAGAGAAUGAAGUUAAAGAGUUGAAAUUAUACGUCGAUCGUAAAUAUGAAACAGUAAUAUUGCCGAUAUUCGGCGUGCCGGUACCAUUCCAUAUAUCUACAAUUAAGAAUAUAUCUCAGUCUGUGGAAGGCGACUAUACAUAUUUGAGAAUAAAUUUCUUCCACCCGGGUGCGACUAUGGGUAGAAACGAAGGUGGCAACUACGCGCAGCCUGACGCGACCUUCGUCAAAGAAGUUACAUACCGCAGUACAAAUACAAAAGAGCCAGGAGAAAUUUCCCCACCAUCAUCAAAUCUAAAUACUGGAUUCCGGUUAAUAAAGGAAGUUCAGAAGAAGUUCAAAACACGAGAAGCAGAGGAGAGGGAGAAAGAGGACUUAGUUAAACAAGAUACUCUCGUUUUAUCACAAAACAAAGGAAAUCCCAAACUGAAGGAUUUAUACAUCAGACCUAAUAUAGUCACAAAGAGAAUGAGCGGUUCCCUAGAAGCGCAUUCCAACGGUUUCAGAUUCACGUCCGUGAGAGGAGACAAAGUUGAUAUUCUAUAUAACAACAUUAAAAACGCAUUCUUCCAACCAUGCGAUGGAGAGAUGAUCAUUUUGUUGCAUUUCCAUCUGAAGCACGCUAUUAUGUUUGGGAAGAAGAAACACGUAGACGUGCAGUUCUAUACCGAGGUUGGUGAGAUUACUACAGACCUAGGCAAGCACCAACACAUGCACGACCGUGACGACCUCGCCGCUGAGCAGAGUGAACGGGAACUGAGACACAAACUGAAGAUAGCCUUCAAAAGUUUCUGCGAGCGUGUCGAGAACAUGACCAAACAAGAAGUCGAGUUUGACACGCCGUACAGAGAGCUCGGUUUCCCCGGAGCGCCGUUCCGUAGUACUGUACUCCUACAACCGACUUCUGGAGCCCUCGUCAACCUGACCGAGUGGCCGCCCUUCGUCAUCUCCCUAGAGGAUGUUGAACUGGUACACUUCGAAAGAGUACAGUUCCAUCUCAAGAACUUCGAUAUGGUGUUCGUGUUUAAGGAUUACGCCAAGAAAGUUGCUAUGGUCAAUGCUGUGCCAAUGAACAUGCUGGAUCAUGUCAAGGAGUGGCUCAACUCUUGCGAUAUCCGGUAUUCAGAAGGUAUCCAGUCUCUCAACUGGACAAAAGUCAUGAAAACCAUUACUGAUGAUAUCGAAGGCUUCUUCGACAACGGCGGCUGGUCUUUCUUGGACCCCGAGUCUGAUGCCGAGAACGAAGAACAGCAUGACGAUGAAUCUGAAGAAGAGGAUGAUGCGUAUGAACCGACAGAUGCUGAGUCGGAAGAGGAAUCUGAAGAUGACUCAGAAUACGAUUCAGAGGCUUCGGAAAUGUCCGAUGACUCCGGUGAUAGUGAGGGCGGUGAAGAAGAUGAAGAAUCUGGCAAAGAUUGGUCGGAUCUUGAACGCGAGGCAGCCGAAGAGGACAAGAAGGAACGCAAUUACGACAGACCAUCGACGGACUUUGAUCGGAAACGCAAAGGCGGGAGAGACAGACACCGCUAUGACGAGGACGAAGGCAGCAAGAAGAGCAAACACGACAAGAGUUCACACCACAAAAGUUCAAGUUCAAACCACAAGAGCUCGAGCUCAAACCACAAAAGCUCGAGUUCAAACCACAAAAGCUCAAGUUCAAAUCAUAAAAGUUCAAACCACAAGAGCCCGUCAAAGCACAGCAGUGACAGCCCUUCGAAGAGCAAUAAGCACAAGUCCUCUCACGACCGUUCCCGAGACCACAAAUCCAACGGCAAGUCGAAUGGUGAUCACAAGUCGCACAAGCGAUCACGUGAUGACAGUCGUGAACACGAACGAUCCUCUAAGAAACACAAGAAAUAA